CCUCCUCGCCCCGCGCUCGGCUCCUGGCCGCUGCCGCCUAUGGAGUCGGGUUCCGAGGAGCCCGACGAGCAGCUGCUGCUCCUGUCGGAGCCGGCGCUUCGGGCGGGGCCGUCCGCGGGGAGAGCCGCCCCCGGCGGGGCCGUGAGGCUGUGCGGGGAGCCGGGGCCGGAGGAGGAAGAGGAGGGUGAGGAGGACUCGGGGCCCGAGGGGGAUGGAGAGGAAGAGCCUCUCCUGCGGGCGUCGGGCCGCGGGCGCCGAGCGGGCGCCGCCCGGGAUAAGGAGCCCCGCGUCGGCGCAGGACAUACGGGACACACUGUUGAUAUGAAUACAUUUUUAGAUGAUCCAGAAUUUGCAGAAAUUGUUAUGAGAGCAGAACAAGCUAUAGAGUGUGGAGUUCUGCCGGAAAGGAUCUCUCAAGGAUCCAGUGGGAGUUACUUUGUGAAGGACAGCAAGGGGAAAAUGAUUGGAGUGUUCAAACCAAAAUCUGAAGAGCCUUAUGGACAUCUAAAUCCUAAAUGGACCAAAUAUUUUCACAAGAUAUGUUGUCCUUGCUGCUUUGGCAGAGGCUGCCUUGUUCCCAACCAGGGCUAUCUCUCUGAAGCUGGUGCCUAUCUUGUAGAUGACAAGCUGGGGCUGGGAGUUGUGCCCAAAACUAAGGUUGUCUGGCUUGUCAGCGAGACCUUUAAUUACAGUGCAAUAGAUCGUGCAAAGUCGAGAGGAAAAAAAUAUGCUUUAGAGAAAGUGCCAAAAGUUGCUAAAAAAUUUAAUCGCAUUGGACUACCUCCUAAGGUUGGCUCCUUCCAGCUGUUUGUUGAAGGAUAUAAGGAAGCUGACUACUGGCUCAGGAAGUUUGAAACUGAUCCUUUACCUGAGAACACAAGGAAGGAAUUUCAGUCACAGUUUGAAAGAUUGGUUAUCUUGGAUUAUGUCAUCAGAAAUACAGACAGAGGUAAUGAUAACUGGUUAGUCAGAUAUGAAAAGCAAGGUGAUGAACUUAACCUGUCAGAUAAGGAUAUUCAAUGGACUGUAACUGAAGAAUCUACUAUUAAAAUCGCUGCAAUUGACAAUGGCUUAGCAUUUCCCUUUAAGCAUCCUGAUGAGUGGAGGGCGUAUCCCUUUCAUUGGGCUUGGCUUUCUCAAGCACAAGUUCCCUUCUCUCAGGAGACUAGAGACUUGGUUCUUCCUCGCAUCUCUGACAUGAACUUUGUACAGGAUCUUUGUGAAGAUCUUUAUGAACUAUUUAAGACUGAUAAAGGAUUUGACAAGGCUACUUUUGAAAACCAAAUGUCUGUUAUGAGGGGGCAGAUACUAAACCUUACUCAGGCAUUAAAGGAUGGAAAAAGCCCCAUUCAGCUUGUUCAGAUGCCACGUGUAAUUGUGGAACGAAGUAGCACUGGAAGUCAGGGCCGAAUUGUUCAUCUGAGUAACGCGUUCACACAGACCUUUCAUAGCAGGAAGCCUUUUUUUUCCUCCUGGUAGCAACAAAAAUAUGUGGGGAAGAGUAAGCUUCUCUAACUUUGGUAAGCUACUUCUGUGUAAAGGCUCUGCAAUAAUGUACUUCUGCUGUAUACCAAGAGCUCCAACUGCCAUCACCUCAGAACUUAAAUUCUAAAGACUUAAGAAAUGUAUUUUGAGUGUAAUAAAAGUUUACAAUUUUUGUGUCAAAA